GUGUUCUCUCCAGUCGGAUAGUGUUCUUGGUGAAUUGCCUGUUUGGGAAACUGUUGUGCUCCAGUGCAAUAAUUGAAGAAUUUAGCCAACUUAACUUUCAGAACAGCCUGACUGGCACAACACACCUCCAUCUAAGAACAACUAAAAACGGCACAAGUUACAUCUGACUCCGUACAGCUUUCUUUUACCAAGCACUCUCUUCUUCAUUUGAUCUUCAGAGCAUCAGUCCAUCUCACCAUGUCCAACCAGCCCAUCCAAAACCACCAUGAAGAGGCCUACUUGUCCCUGAUGAGAGGCUUUAAAGAGCUGGAUCUCUGUGGCCCCUGUGUCCCCAGCGACCUGGUUCUGAUUGGAGACCACGCCUUUCCUUUAACAAUGAACAGCCGAGGCCAGGUCCUGAUGGCUGCCUCUCUCUACGGUCGUGGAAGGAUUGUGGUCCUGGGCCAUGAGGGAUACUUGACAGCCUUCCCUGCUCUGGUGGAGAACGCCCUGACCUGGCUGAGAGGAGAUGGAUCUGACAACCUGUCUGUGGGGGUUCAGGAGAACGUCAGGGCAGUCGCUGAAAACUUCAGCAAAUCCAGCUUCCAGGUCAAAGUGGUGGGGGCCUUUAGUGACAGUCUUGAGGUUGGUGUGUAUGUGACGGAUGCCUACAGUGUGGGUGCAGACCCGAAGGAGCUGGUGGCAUUUCUGAAAGCUGGAGGAGGAGUGCUGAUAGCAGGUCAGGCGUGGAGCUGGGCUGCAGAUCACCCUAAGGAGAACACUCUGCUUCAGUUUGAAGGGAAUAAGGUUUCUGGUGUAGCAGGGAUCUACUUCUCUGAGCAUCAGGGUGAAGUGGAAUGCCUGCCUGUCUGUCCUCAAAUCCCAUCCUCCUGGAUGGCUGCAGUAAUCGGUAAGGAUUUUGAGGAUGACUUAGAGUUCUUACUCCAGGGGAUUUCAGAGUUUGACCUCCAGAAUGGGGUAGUGGCUUCUGAGGUCCUGGUCCAUGGCCCUCUAGCCUUCCCCAUCGGUACCACUGAGGAUGGACGAGCGUUCCUGGCAGGUGCCUACUAUGGGCAGGGAAGGGUCGUUGUGAUCACUCAUGAAGGACUUCUGAGACGAGAGACACUGGCUCCGUUUUGGAACAACGCCAUUAACUGGUUGGAUGAAGGACGGAACGGGGUUAUUGGCGUAGCCCCAGAACUUAGCCAAGCCUUCGACCUCCUCAGCAAGUCAGACUUUAACUGUAUAAAGACAAACUUUAGAGAAGACCUGAGUGUAUUUGUGUGUACAGCGUACAGUGAUGAGCAUGUGAAGGAAAUCCAAGACUUUGUAGCAGAGGGAGGAGGCCUGCUGAUUGGUGGGCACGCCUGGUACUGGGCACAGACGCAUCACGGGCAAAACCCAAUGACAGAUUUCUCAGGGAACAAGAUCCUGAACAAAAUGGGUUUGAGCCUGCUGGAGAAGAUAAUUAGUGAAGGUUCCUACAAGGCUCCUGUACCCAGCCAGGCAGUCAAAGAUAAGUACCACUUCCGCCACCUUCUGCAUCGCUUUGCAGGUCAUGUAACCGAGGGGGAGGAACUUACAGAGCAUGAGGAGGAAUUCCUGAAAAAACUAGGAGGGGACUGUGCCAACUACUUGCGCAUGGAGGCUCAUGACUGCUCCUCCUAUACACGAGUGGUGUCCACUCUGACCGACAUCUUAAAGAAGUCAGGCAUGCCACAGGUGUGUGACAGCAACCCUGUGAAGAGCCCCAAAGACCAUCUUCUCCUUAGUGUAGGGGCAGAGGUGUAUAAGGUUAGCCCAGAUCCUGAUGCUCUCCUGCCUCACCUCAUCAAGGAUAACCCCUUGUUGCCAGUUGUCUAUAAUCACAGGAUCAGGAUUAAUGUCAACACAGCAGGAGGGGAGGAGUGGAUCAGUUCAGGUCUCUACCUCUCCCCUGGUAUGAAGACCUACAUGGCCAUACCAACAGAGAUGGUCAACAAGGGAUGGAAGGUCCAGAUAGGCUGUCAGACAGACAAGCUGAACGCUGCAGAGCUGAAGAGAGCACCAUCUGUUCAUGAACGAUUCCCCAUAACCACAGACAUGAUGCAGGUGUGGAACCUGUGGGGGGGGCUCCUCUACCUGGUGGCCCCACCCAACACCCAAGUGGAGGAGGUACAGGUGAUAGUGCAGAUAGCUGUACCUGCUCCGUAUUAUAAAUCUGGUGUGACAACAGCAGCUGACUGGUCCUUGCUGCGCACUGCUCCCUCCCCCUGGGCAGAGUUGGAGUUCAACAACAUCAUCCUUACCGUGCCAUCAGAUGUUAUCCGCAGUCUGGAUCGCCCUGAUGAGUUGGCAUCGCUCUGGGAUAACAUCAUGAGAGGGAUCGCUGAACUCUCUGUCACCCCACACAAAUUUCCCCGCAAAGAACGUAUUGUAACCGAUGUGCAGAUUUCUCAUGGUUGGAUGCAUGCAGGUUAUCCUAUCAUGACACACAGGUCCACAGCAGCUGAGCUGGUCAGCAUUGACCAUGCUAGGGGUAAAGGCCUGUGGGGCCCCAUCCACGAGCUUGGACACAACCAGCAGAGAAGCUGCUGGGAGUUCCCACCACACACCACAGAGUGUACAUGCAACCUGUGGUCAGUGUAUGUGCAUGAAGAGGUGCUGGGGAUGAACAGGGCACAGGCUCAUCCAACCAUGACCCCAGAAAAAAGGAAGAAUCGCGCAGAAGAGUAUGCUAAGGGAGGGAGGAAUCUCAGCAGCUGGGAUGUGUUUGUGGCCCUGGAGACAUAUAUGCAGCUCCAGGACACGUUUGGCUGGGAUGCCUUUAAGAGGGUGUUUGCUGCCUACCACAAGAUGAGCGACUUUCCCAAUGACAACAAAGGAAAGAUGAACCUGUACGCUGAGACUUUCUCCCAGGCUGUGGGGUUGAACCUGUGUGGAUUCUUUAAGGCCUGGGGCUGGCCCACCGACCCCACCACUGAAGAGAAACUCUCCAACCUGCCUUCUUGGAGUGACCACCCCAUGGUCCAGUAUGACUGAACUUUAGACUGCUGCUGAUUAAAGAGAGAUGGUAUGUUGGUAAUAAAUAAUUAAUCUGUAUAACUGUGUUGACUUUUA